AUGCCUAAGCGAAGGUGCGUAUUUACUCCCAGCUUGAAAGUUGAAUUUCCGUUUUUAAGAGAUAGUGAUGAAAUCGGAAAAGUUUUAUGUAUUGUAUGUAAAUCAGUUUUUUCAAUAGAAAACGGUGGUCGUUCAGAUAUUACACAACAUGUUAAACAAAAGAAACAUUUAUUGGCCGUAUCAAGCAGUUCUUCAAAUAAGGUAACGAAUUUUUUCACGAAUGUACAGUCAACAAAUGAAAGCAAACGUAUUGCGGCGGAAGAGGGUCUUUUUGCAUAUCAUACUAUCAUACACAAUCAUUCAUUCAGGUCUAUGGAUUGUACAACAUCAAUUAUAAAAAAAAUGUACGAAAAAAAAUUUUCGUGUGCUCGUACAAAAUGUGAAUCUAUAAUUCUGAAUGUAAUAGCUCCUUUUGCCAUUCAACAGAUGUUAGAUGAACUAAAAUAAAAUAAUUAAAACUAACUAAAAUCCGUUAAAUUUUUAACAAUUAUGGUGGACACGUCAAACCAUAAAAAUUUAAAACUGGUUCCAAUUCUGAUUCGGUAUUUCGAUGAAGAUGAACUUUUUGACGAAUUCAAUCAUGUGAUAAAUGUAAUGAAGGUUAAAAUGCAAAACUGGAAAAAUGGUUCAAAAACCGAAGAUAGGUGGUGUGAAAUAUUCAAAAUUCUAGAAAAAAAUAACAUUUCAAUUAAAUAUUUUACGGUUAUUUUAGAGUAUUCGAUGGCUAUUCCAGGAACUAACGCGUCGGUAGAAAGAGUAUUUUCAAUUACAAAUGUUUUAUGGACAGAUGAGAAAAAUCGAUUUCUUGUGGACACAAUUAGAUCGAUAAUAAUCGUAAAACAACAUUUUAAAAAUGUUUCAUGUACAGAAUUUCAUACAUUUCUUUUAGAACAUCCACAAUUAUUAAAACUUAUUACUUCUUCAGAAAAAUAUGAAAAAUCAAAUAGUGAAGACAUCUCUGAACAAUCGUCAUCAAAAUGA